GUAGAUUGCAAUGACAAGGAUCCUGUUUUGAUGUGCAUGCAACAUGGAGGGGCUUCGAGCAUUGGAAGUGAUGUCCCUCCUACAGGAGAAAAAAACUUUUGGGAAAAGAGGAAGACAUCCCUUGGCUCUCAGAAGUAUAAAUUUGAGGCCACAAUGAUAAGUUUAGAUGGCCUUUAUAAGUACAUUGAUCCUGCUCAACUGACAAGUGAGUUUGAAGGCACAUUUCCAUAUGACCAUAGUCAAUGGAUUGAGGCUCGCCUUGAAAUGGAGGAGUUCCAUUGGCAAGCAGUUGAUCUGCAGGACCGUCUUGAAGACAUGAGAGAUGAGUUGAAUCGGACAGAAUGUGCUGAGGAUGUUUCAGGUGCAAAGCACAAUAUUGAGAUGCACAAUGAAAUGAAGAAGAAAAUCAUGACUGCACCCAUUGAUGAAAUCAGUCAUAUGGGCCAGAAGGUUUUGCAAAAACUUGGUCAUGCAGAAGAUGGAGCACCUGCUGAUAGUGCAUUGUUGAAAAAUCCAGACUUUCAGACAAGCAUUCCUCAAAUUCUUAGCCUCUUGGAAUCUCUUCAUCAGCUCCACCAUGAAGUGCAACAGAAGUGGCAUCAACAGAAGACUCAAUUGGACCAAUGCUUUCAGUUGAAGCUCUUUGAACAGGAUGUGGAGAAGAUGAUUGACUGGAUACUGCAUAAUAGGGAGAAGUUCCUCAUCAACUACACUGACAUUGGGCGAGUGCACUCUGGUCGGGCAAAACAGCUGCAGGAAGAGCACAGUCAGUUUACAUUGUCUUGCAUGAAUGUGUAUGUCAACAUCAACCGCAUUCUCACUGUUGCAACACGUCUCAUAGAUACUGGUCACUAUGCAUCUCAACAUAUUCAGAUGGUUGCUGGGAAACUUGAUCGAGCAUGGAAAGAAUUUGCCGCUGGUCUGGAUGAACGAACCACAGCCUUGUCCUUAUCCAUAGUAUUUCAUGAGAAGGCUGAGGAAUAUCUUCGCAAUUACAAUGACUGGUCAAAUGCAUGUGAAGUUGGUUCUAUUCCAGAUGACAUACCCUCACUAGAAGAGUUGAUACAGGAGCAUCAGAAUCUCUAUGAGGCAAUGUGUCAGGGCUACACAGAGGAAGAUGUCAGGCAAGUCAUGGACUGGCUCACAAAUCAUGGGGAGGUGUUCUUGCAUAAAAACCCUGGGAUUGGCUGCAACCUUCAAAAGGCACUUGUUUAUCAAAAGAGUCAUAAUCAUUUUGAGAACAUUGCACAAAAUACAUACACAAAUGCAGAAAAGCUUCUGGCUGCUGCGCAGGAGUUUGCUCAUUCAGGAGAUCAAAUUGGGAGUGAUGAAGUAUAUAGGAUAUCCCAAGAUUUGGAGGUUCGAAUCUCAAACUUUGCUGCUCGAGUGCAGAGGCGGCGACGACUUUUAGAAUUGGCUGUGAUGUUUUUUACUCAUGAAAAGGAACUGUCAUCUUGGGCAGAGGAUGUGAAGAAAGAAUUAAAAAAGGAUGAUUUACCAGAUACUCUUGAAGCUGCCGAGGACCAUCUGACGCAUGUCUUGCAACACCGAGAAUCUGGUUUGGAUGCAUUUGAAAAUACUGCAGCUGAAGGUCAUGCUGUCCUCCAGGAGUUGACUAAUGGUGGACUUGCUCCAUGCUCAGAUGGAACUGGAUCCUUUGCCAGUGUUGAAACGCUUCUCAAUAAGUUGCAUGGAUAUAGAGAGGAGUUAGAAAGUCUAUGGUCUGCUCGAAAGUUGAGACUGGAACUGUGUUUGCAGUUGAGAAUGUUUGAGAGAGAUGUCUUGGAUGCAACUGCUCAUGCAGAUAUCUGGACUCGAGAACUGCAAAAUGAUGAGCUCCUGAAGGAAGAUAGAGAAAAACUACUGCAAAUCCAUGUGGAGUCUAUUGCUCUAAUGAGAAAUCGCAUCUUUCAAGUGAUUCACCGUGGUGAUCAGCUUCUCCAGGUCUUUGAGUCUACAGAUCCCUUGCUACUCUCUGGUAACCUGAGCAAUGCAGUCACCCAAAUCCAGGUUUUCUUAGAAUUUCUCAGAAGCAGAGAACUGGAUCUGGAAGAACUAGCUGAGGUACGGAGGAACCGAAUAGAGUCAGGAAUCCAUUUGCAACAGCUGGAAAGUGAGGCCAAUCAAGUUCUUGUCUGGAUCAAGCAAGCAGAGACCAUGUUGCAUGCAAGUUUUAGUAUCCCAGGGAAUUUUGAAGAAGCUGAGCAAAUGCGUAAAAGUCAUGUUCAGUUUCAGCUAGCAGUGGAGAAAACUCAAGCAUCAGCUGUCCAGGUGAAACAGAAAGCAGAAAGCUUUUCCUCUUCCAAGUAUGAGAAGGAUGCUUCUGAAAAACUUGCCAUUCUUGUCAGUCAGAGGUGGGAGCAGCUAGCUAGCAGUGCUGAGGAGAGGCACAAACUUGUCACUUCUGCAUGUAAUUUUUAUAAGACCUCUGAGCAAGUCUGCUCUGUCUUGGAUUCCCUAGAAAAGGAAUACAGUCGAGAGGAGGAUUGGUGCAGUGCUGAGAAGGCAUCUGGUUCCAAGUUGAAUCAGUUGAUCACAAAGCAUCAGGAACAAAAAGAGGCUUUCUUGAAGGCAUGUACACUUGCUAGGAGAACAGCAGAAACAUUUCUUAAAUACUCUAGUCGCAGCCUGAGUCACCAUCACCGACAGAAGGAAAGUGGACACAGUCCCCCUGAGACAAAAGUGAAAGGUAUUCUUGAACAAUUAUUGAAUCAAGAGAACAAAGUCCUUGAAUGCUGGACAAUGAAGAAGAAGCGAUUGGAUCAAUGUCAACAAUACAUAGCAUUUGAGCAGGCAGCUAAGCAAGCUUUGAAAUGGUUGAAUGAAACAGGAGAGGAAUAUUUGAGGACCCACACCAGUGUGGGGGCAACGAGUGAUGAGACAGCACAACUCCUUGAGGAGCAUGAUGAAUUCAAAGGCACAGCCAGUGAGACACGGGAGAAAGUGAAACUCAUAAUUCAGUUAGCUGAUAGCCUUGUUGAGAAAGGUCAUGGCCAUGCUGAGUCCAUCAAGCAGUGGGUAGCAGCUGUGGAUGCCAGCUACAAGAAUUUUAGUGGACGAAUGGACAGUUACAAAGCAAGGCUAGAAGGAGCUCUGGGGAUCACCUCUGAACACCGACACGAUCUAUCCCCUGAGAAAUCUGUAUUGUCUCUUGAUGCAAAGCUGAAGGAAAUAGCAGCUAAAGAAAUGAGUGAAGAGAAGAGACGCUCUAUGAGAAGGCAGGAAUACAUUAUGACAGAAUUGCUCCAGACUGAGCGUGCCUAUGUGAAGGAUCUGGAAGUGUGCAUCCGUUGUUACCUUCGAGAAAUGCAAAAUAGCUCUAUGGCCCCCUCUGGUAUUCAAGGGAAAGAAAUCAUUCUCUUUGGGAAUAUGGAAGAAAUUUAUGAAUUUCAUAAGAACAUAUUCCUCCAAGAACUAGAGAAGUACGAAACUAUGCCAGAAGAUGUUGGGCAUUGCUUUGUGACAUGGGCAUCUAAAUUUGAUAUGUAUGUCAAGUAUUGCAAGAACAAACCAGAAUCCAAUUCCCUUCUCAUCACUCAUGCUGGCACGUUUUUUGACGAAUUACAGCGCAAGAACACAGUGGACCAUCCUAUUCCUGCAUAUCUGAUCAAGCCAGUUCAGAGGAUUACAAAGUAUCAGUUGCUUUUGAAAGACCUCUUGUCCUGCAGUGAUGAAGGACAAGGUGAGCUCAAGGAUGGAUUGGAGGUCAUGCUAAAUGUCCCAAAAAAAGCUAAUGAUGCCAUGCAUCUCAUGAAGGAUGAUGGUGACAUAAAAUCUAAAUUUGUAGAGAAGCGGUCUCAUGUUGUGAAGGAGCUGGCUGAUUCAGAAAGAAACUACAUCAAGCACCUUGAACUUGUCAUUCAUGGUUACAUUGCUUUGAUGCGGGAUCCAGAAUGUGAUGUGAUUAUGCCCAAAGAUCUUCAAGAAGGAAAAGGUAAGAUGGUGUUUGCCAAUCUUGAAGCCAUAUAUGAAUGGCAUCGGGAUGUCUUCUCUGUAGCCCUUGAACAGUGCAUUGACAAGCCUGAAGAUCUUGGAUCACUUUUUCAAAAAUAUGAAAGGAAAUUCCAGAUGUAUGUUGUCUAUUGUCAGAACAAGCCCAAGUCCGAUUAUAUUGUCAGUGAACACAUAGAAUACUUUGAGCAACUACGUCACCUCCUGGGUCACAGGCUCAUGAUUUCAGAUCUUCUCAUCAAGCCUGUUCAACGAAUUAUGAAGUAUCAACUGCUUUUACAUGAUAUCUACCACUACACAGAGAAAGCAGAACUCUUCAAUGAACUUGAGUUGUUAUCCAAAGCAGUGGAGGUCAUGAAGAUUGUUCCCAAAGCUGCAAACGAUAUGAUGAAUGUUGGUCGAUUGCAAGGCUUUGAUGGUAAGAUCACUGCACAAGGAAAGCUUCUCCUACAUGGACCACUGCUCUGCCAUGAGGAGUCCAGUGAUAGCAGCCAAGAAUCUCAGGAACUCCAAGUUUUUUUGUUUGAACAAAGUAUAAUAUUCAGUGAAGCUAUGGGAAAGAAGACUCAGUUCUUGGACCCACUGUAUCGAUAUCAUCACCAUAUCCAAGUCAAUCAUAUGGCUUUGGAUUCAUCUCAAAAAGACAAUUGCAUUUUUACAGUGAAGUCAACUGAUCCUAGGAAGUCAAAGGUUCAGUUCAUCUGUGAAGCUCCAUCUCGGGAAACAUGUGAAGAGUGGGUCUCAACCAUGAAGCGCCUGCUUGACACCCAGUAUCAGUUUCUCAAAGCAAUCCAAUCCCCAAUUUCAUACCAGAAAGAAUUGAACAAAAAGCACCGGGUGAGCAUGAAAGAGGUGGGUGAGCACCACGGGGUGAGCAUGAUUCGGGACUAUCAGUUGAAAGGACUAAUGCAUACCCCGAUGGUGCUCACAUGCAUCUACAGUAAGGAGAGCCUGCACGCCCCUGACCCUCAGUUAGUCUUGGAGUGA